UCCAGUGAUAGUGAUGGUGUUGUGGCUCCGCAGCCACGCACCACUACCAAGACUGGCAGGAAUAUAAAGUUCAGCUAUGCUGAAAACAUGGCGUUGGUGCGUGAGCUGAUGAAGCACCAUCGCCAAUUGUUUGGUCAGGAUGCUGCCAGGGUGUCCUCCCGCAGGAAGUCUGCCCUGUGGGGGCAAGUCAUACUUGCUGUGAAUAGUGAGGGUGUGGUGAGGCGGACAGAGGACACGUGCCGCAAGCGAUUUUAUGAUAUUAAGCGGCGUGUCAAGGCCAAGAUGGCCAAAGAGUCCAAAUCUGCACGGAGAACCGGAGGUGGGCCACCUUUACGUGUAAGCUAUCGGGACUGGGAGGAGCCUGUGCGGGCAUUGAUUCCUGGCGAAGUGGUGUCUGCUACUCAUGUCCGGGAUUCGGACCGACCCACGCAGGAUGUCACACAGACCAGCCGCCCAGACAGGCCUCAGACAAGUCAGGAUGAGGCUGGGAUUGCAGGUUCUGCUUCUGGAAGCCGACCUCCUGUAAGGCGGCCAUCACAGGGCUUGGGCCACUUACCCAGGAGGCCAACUAAGACACGGCGUCUUGGCUCGGAUUCAGCACCUCCAUCAUCCCCACCCAGGCGAAGACUUUCGGCAGUGUCACCCCAGCCACCACUGGCACUAUUGGCGAGUUCGCAGAGUGAUGAGCCCAGAUCACCUCAGUUAUCUGAGCACAACUUGAUGUCCGCCGUGGACCAGCAGGGCCCAGACCAACAGCCAUCCAUCACACUGCAACUUACAGCUGUUGACCCAAGCCUGCCAAUACAGUUGCAGGAUAUACCCCAAGCAUCCAUCAGUCCCCAACUGGCACAAGCUCCGCCCCCAAGCCAAAUUCCAGACGAAUUUUGGGCCAGUUGGACAAGCCAACAGGCCCAAAGCAAUGCCAGCCUGACCCAACAUACACAACACCUUGCCAGUCUGCCCCAUCAUCUACCGCGUAUUAGUCGCAACUCGGGCAGACUGAUAGUACAAGUAGGGCGAAUGGCUACCUCAAUGGAGCAAAUUAGGGCUGAAAACAGCCAAAUGAAUGCACAUUUAUCCCGCAUUAUAGAUGAGCAACAGCGCCAUCAGCAGGCACUCGUUCAGCUCAUUCAACACAAUCAAGUGGUGAAUGAGUCCUUAUCCAGGAUUGUAGCCAGCCACACUGCUACUAACACUCAGCUGAUUGCAAGUUUAAAUAAUUUGAGCAGCAAUAUUUCUAUGAUGGGAGCUCAGCAAGUAACCUCCAGCUCGGGGACCACGACCCCUAUCCAAACGCCAGUAACCUCCCCUGUUCGGCGUUCCUCAAGAGCACGUGCCAGUGAGCCAGCACCCAGCACACACAAGCGAAAAAAAUAACAACAAUCUUUUUGGAAAAAUAAAUACAAAAAUUUGUCUAAAAAACACA